UCCUCGCCCACCUGUGUUUACGUACGCACACGUCACGUACGUGUCCGUUUUUCUGCGUUGUUUCGCACGCGGGAGGGAGACCGCCGAGGUACACGUCGAUGGAUACUCGGCUCCGCGAUGAGCAGGAAAAGAGCCAAUCACCUGGCGGUGUUUAAGCGGCGCACCAAGGACGAGGACAACGACGAGUUGUCGAGGAGCGUCAUUCUAGGGGCGAGGAAAACCGGACGGUUGAAUCUCUCGUCCAAGGGACUGUCCACGGUACCUGACAGAAUAUGGAAUAUAAACGAGUUAACGGAAGAGGAAUUGCGUGAUUUGCAUAUCGAGCUUGACUACGAACCCCUGGAGGAGCGAUGGUGGGAACAAGAGCCGCUCAAGAUGUUAGAUCUGAGCUUCAACAGCUUAACUGUAAUCAGUGACAAAGUACAAUGUCUAACAGAACUGAGCACUUUAGACUUGCACAACAAUUUGUUAGAGGAGCUACCAUCUGCGAUCGGUUCUCUGCGCGAACUAAGAGUAAUAAAUCUAUCGGACAACAAGCUACAGAGUUUGCCCACCCAAUUUUACAUGCUGGAGGAAUUGUGCGAGUUAUACCUAAAAAGUAAUCAUAUCAGUGCGCUCGAAGCCGAGAUUGGAAAUUUAGUCAUGUUAACUCGUAUGGAUUUAUCAUACAACAGUUUAAGCGAAUUGCCGGUCGGAUUGGGAUACUUGGUGAGACUGGAGACAUUGAAUUUAUGUCACAAUAUGAUAAAAGAACUACCACCUGAUGUAACAAGCAUGAGAUCGUUGAAAACGUUAGACGUCAGCUUUAACCAAUUGGACACGUUGCCACCGUUAGGUGAAUUGCGGAAAGUAGAAAGAAUUAUGUUCCAGUCGAAUAAUUUGCAGGAAUUUCCAGACAUAUCAGGUUGUUCAGCUUUAACAGUAUUGCAUUUGGAUAACAAUAACAUUCCUGAAAUUGAUCCGCAACGCUUAGAAGCUGUAGGCCACUUGAAGAAGCUCACAAUGCAAAGCAAUAAAAUUGAAGUGAUACCCGAGGAAAUAAUCAAAUUGAUAAAUCUGGAAGUUUUUGACUUGUCGCAUAACAAUAUAUCUUUAAUACCCUAUUGCGUUGGCAUAUUGCCCAAUUUAAAGCAAUUUAUAAUCGAGGGAAAUGAUAUAAAAAAUAUAAGAGGAGACAUAAUACGAUGCGGUACUUCUCGCAUUCUGACACACAUUCGUCAGAUUGUAGACAAUACAAGUAUAAACACAAGAGAAUUGUUACACCCUAGUGCCGGCAAUAGUAUUUGUCCUGACAAAUACGUAAUGAAGAAUACAAAGCUGUGUAGCUUGGCUGGGCAAAAUCUUCAGGAAAUACCUGAAGAAGCUUUGGAAGACGCAGCGGAAGCCUCCAUCGCAACUAUUGACUUGAGCAGAAACAAGCUUUCAGAGCUGCCUGAUAAAAUGUCGGCGAUCGUUACAGUGACGGAUUUGAAAUUAACUUCCAAUCAUUUAGCAAGUUUGCCAGAAUGGAUUGGUGAAAAGUUCAAGUGUUUGCAAGUUUUAGAUAUAAGUAAAAAUCACCUGCACUCUCUACCAUCGAGCAUCGGUUGCCUGAAAUACCUGCGAGACAUUGAUCUCUCGUUUAACAGAUUUACCGAAUUACCAGAGGCUAUUUAUGACGUUGUAUCUUUAGAAAGUUUAAUUGUCAACGACAAUCUAAUCAUGAAAAUAGACGUGCCACUUUUGGAAAAAUUAAGAAGACUAGCGGUUUUAAAUCUGUCAAAUAACAAUAUCGCCCAUGUACCCCCUGAACUUGGUAAUUUGCAACACAUAAGGAAUCUAUCGUUGUCUGGAAAUUGUUUCAAGUACCCCAGGCAAGCAAUUCUAAUGAAAGAUACGGAGGAAAUACUGAGCUAUCUACGUAAUCUAAUACCUCAGUAACAAAGAGAAAACGAAAUAGUUUAUAAAAGUAUCCAUUCUCAAGUGUUAAAAAUUUGUUAUCACAUAUGUGUCGUGCGUAAAUAUUACAUCUACAUAUAAAUACAUUUUUGCUAAUCUGUACAAAUUAUAUACGGUUCCAUCCCAGAUGAGACAAAUCAAGUGCAAAAUAAUUACAAUAAGGUAGAUUAAAUCGAUAAUGUGUAAAUGUAAGUAGUAAACCUAGUAAAUAAAGGGAGGAAAGGAA